AUGGCGCCCCUCAAAAUUACUAAAAUCUGCUGUCUCGGUCAGUGGGCGCCUGGAUAUGUUGGCGGACCCACCUGUUCUGUAAUUGCCUUAAAGUGUCCUCAUAUUCAAGUCACGAUCGUGGAUUUCAACCAAGCUCGCAUCGACGCGUGGAACUCCACCGAUUUUUGUCUCCCUAUCUAUGAGCCUGGUCUUGAGGACGUUGUCCGUCAGGCCCGCGGUCGAAACCUGUUUUUCUCCACGGAUGUUGACAAAGCUAUUCUCGAGGCCGAGUUGAUCUUUGUGAGUGUCAACACCCCAACCAAGAAGUCUGGUGUUGGGGCCGGCUUUGCUGCCGACCUCAAUUACGUGGAAUUAGCAACCCGUCAAAUUGCCCGCGUCUCCACUUCCUCUAAGAUUGUCGUAGAAAAGUCCACCGUUCCUUGCCGGACGGCAGAGUCCAUGCGAACAAUCCUCGAAGCGAAUUCCAAGCCUGACUGCCGAUUCGACAUUCUCUCCAACCCCGAGUUUUUGGCUGAAGGAACUGCUAUUCAGGAUCUAUUGAACCCCGACCGGGUGCUUAUUGGCUCACUCCAGUCUCCCGAGGGUCUGAGUGCGUGUGAGUCGCUUGCCGGGAUCUAUGCUCACUGGGUCCCCAAAUCCCGAAUCUUGACCGUUGGCCUAUGGUCUUCUGAGUUAUCGAAGCUAGCCGCCAAUGCGAUGCUUGCUCAAAGGAUUUCUUCUAUCAAUGCAUUGUCUGCCAUUUGCGAGGCUACUGGUGCCAAUAUUGACGAGGUCGCACAUGCAGUUGGCAAAGACAGUCGUGUUGGACCAAAGUUCCUGCGUGCAUCCGUUGGGUUCGGUGGAAGCUGCUUCCAAAAAGACAUCCUUAACUUGGUUUAUCUGAGCGAAUCACUUCAUCUGACAGAAGUUGCCGUGUACUGGCGUCAGGUCGUUGAGAUGAACGAAUACCAGAAGCGUCGUUUCUCGAAGCGCGUGGUGGAUACCCUCUUUAAUACCAUCACUGGAAAGCGCAUUGCGGUGCUCGGGUUUGCUUUCAAAGCCGAUACUGGAGACACUCGGGAGUCAGCCGCCAUCACACUUAUACGAGAUUUCUUGUCUGAGAAUGCACACGUUAACAUCUACGAUCCAAAGGUCGAGGAGUCUCAAAUCUGGAUGGACUUGCAGGAAGCAUCUCCGUCUCUGAAGCUCGCAGACAUUCAGAAGCACAUUAACAUCACGCAUUCUGUCACUGAAGCGACGCAGAAUGUAGAGGCCGUAGUGAUUGCGACUGAAUGGCCCGAAUUCAAACAGAUUGACUGGGCUGGGGUGUUCAGUCAGAUGAAGAAACCAGCCUUUGUAUUUGACGGCAGACUUGUCGUGAACGGGGAAGAGCUGCGCAAGAUCGGUUUCAAGGUCAGCAUUAUCGGGCGUGGUGAACGCCUUUAA